AAGGUGAACUAUGCUGUCCGAGGAAACCGAGUUCUGAAGGGCACUGUGCUGGAGGAGCAGAUCAUCGUUGGGACUCCAGGCACCACGCUGGAUUGGUGCUUCAAACUGCGUGUCCUGAACCUGUCAAAGAUCACCUUGUUUGUGCUGGAUGAGGCUGACAUCAUGAUUGAUUCACAGGGCCUCUCCUGUCAGAGCAUCCGCAUCCACAGGGCUCUUCCCAAGAGCUGCCAAGUGCUGCUGUUCUCAGCCACCUACAAGGAACCUGUGAGGGCUUUCGCCGAGCGGAUCGUCUUCAAUCCCAUCGUGAUCAAGCUGCGUGAGGAGGAGCUCACCCUGAGCAACAUCAGGCAGUUCUUCAUGGUGUGCAAUAGCUCGGAUGAGCAGUAUGAGGCUCUCUGCAACGUCUACGGCAGCUUCACCAUUGGCCAGGCAAUGAUCUUCUGCCAGACCCGUAGGCUCACGGAGUGGCUGUCAGGGCAGUUGAGCCAGGAUGGGCACCACGUGUCCAUCCUGACAGGGGACCUGACAGUAACCCAGCGAGCCAGCGUCAUCCAGCGCUUCCGCGAGGGCAAGGAGAAGGUCCUCAUCGCCACCAACGUCUGUGCCAGAGGGAUUGAUGUGCAGCAGGUCACCACAGUGGUGAACUUUGGCCUCCCCAUGGAUCAGGACGGAGAGCCAGAUUUCGAGACAUACCUGCACCGCAUCGGGAGGACGGGACGCUUCGGGCAUCGCGGCAUCGCCUUGAGCUUCGUGGAGAGCCAGAGCGUGGGGCUCGUGCGGAAGAUAGAGGAGCAUUUCCAGACCAAGAUCAGGCAGCUGGACCCGUACGACUUCGAUGAGCUCGAGAAGCUUGCAGCUGAGUGA